CUUAGAGGACAAGCCUCGCUAAUAAAAGAAAGUACAGGGUAUUUUUGACCCUUUACCCUAGAAAUUUGGGUUACAGUAAGCUGUGAAAGUGUGCACAAAAUCUCAAAAAAGAGGGAAAACAGUCUGUACAGAAAGUUCAUCCCAUUUUAAAGCGAAAAUACUCCCAAUUUGGUUCAUUUAACAUUCCAAAGAUACUUGUUCAGCGAAAAUCAGUGGAAAUAGCGCAACAAUGUCGAAUUCAGAAUCUUCUGACCCUGAAAUUGUGAAUCAUCAGCAAGCCGAUAUACAUGCUCCUGCAAAUCAAACGCUAAAAGGCAUCCAUGUACCUGAAGAAACAAGUAGCUUCGAUGGAAACUGCUCAUUGUCUAAAAAUGUUCCUCAACGCCAAAGAUCAAAAGGGGGACUACAAACUUCUGGGACUGAUCAGGAAAGGAUUAAUACAGAACUCCCAAAUUGGUCACAGUUCAGACCACGAUCGCGUCCACUAACACAGAAAAGUAAGGUGACAACUGAUACAAGCCAGUCUGAAGUUAUCCCACAGCAAGCUUCUAGUUGUUUGCAGUUGAAACCACGACCACAUUCACGAAAAAGAAGGAAAAGUAAAAUAACAGAUGAUACAACCGACUCUGAAGUUAUCCCACAGCGUGUUCCUCGUUGUCAUGGUCAAUCAAGGAGGAACAGCACUCAAAAGGGAUUAGGCUCAUCGGAAUUUGAGCUUUACUUGGAGAGCAUAUGGAAAUGGCAUCCAGAAGAUAGGAGAAAUGCAUUUACAUACCUUGACAGCUUGUGGUUCUCCUUGUAUUCAGAACGUUCUCACAAAGCUAAGGUGUUGAACUGGAUUACAAAAAAGAAUAUAUUCUCAAAGAAGUAUGUUCUUGUUCCCAUUGUUCUCUGGCAUCACUGGAGUCUCCUGAUCUUUUGUCACUUUGGUGAAAGUUUACAAUCUAAAGCAAGAAGUCCUUGCAUGUUGUUGCUUGAUUCUUUGCGGACAGCUGACCCUGUGAGAUUUGAACCUGGGAUCAGAAAAUUUGUUAUAGACCUAUUCAAGGCAGAGCAUAGGCCAGAAACCAAGGACCAGAUCAGGAAAAUCCCUCUAAUGAUUCCAAAGGUUCCCCAGCAGAGAAAUGAUGAAGACUGUGGCAAUUUUGUUUUGUAUUAUAUAAACCUCUUCUUAGAGAGUGCUCCAGAGAAUUUUAGCAUUUCGGAGGGCUACCCUUACUUUAUGACAGAAGACUGGUUUACUGUUGAACGGUUGGAAUGCUUUUUCCAAGAACUGCAAUCUACUGCUGCCAGUACUUCCAAUUCUGAUGCAUGCCUCCUAGAUGACGGGGAUGAUGUUGUGUGUCUAGAUCAUAGUUAGCAGUGUCAGUGAAAUAGCAGUGGCUCAGGAUUUUUAGUAAGAGAGGUCUCGGCCUAUUUUCACAAUUUAACUUUUUAAGUGGUUUGGCUCUUGAACUAUGGUGGUUUAAGGCUUUACUUCAUGUUUCAAAUUAAUAUUUACUUUGUAGAGUAUUAUUUACAAGUGUAAAUGUACAUGUGUUUUUUUUUGGAUUAUUUAUACAUAAAAUAAUUUUUUUUA